CGUCGGCAUCAUAGAUUGAUCAGUUUUGAUGUGCGUAUUAUAAUUAAGAUAAAAAACAUGAAUAGGAGUAGAUCUUUUCCAGGACAACCGGUGAGUAUUACAACGGCUGUUCAACGAUUUAACCGACGUAAAUACGGACAGGAUGACGUCACUAACUCAGCUAAACAUGGUACACAAACAUAUGCUUCCGGUGGGAAUGAAUUAAGUCCAGUAGUGUCGGAAAGUACACGACGAAGACAGAAGUUUUCCAAACAGAUUCAAAACCGGAACCGGAAGUACAAGGAAACAAAAAUGGCGGACUCGUUAUCUGGGGCAGAUAUUCCCAAAAUAACACGAGAGCUAACAUUUUUCCUGCCUAAUUCAUGGGAAUUUGACAAGCCUGCAAAGGAUCAGGAAGAUACUCUGCAGAAGCCUGCGCCAAUUGCUAAUUGUACGGUUCACGUCACAGAAAUAGACAUUAACAUUUCAAAGAAAAGUUGA